UUGCUCAAUGCCAUGGCCGCCCCAAUUGUUAUAUAUACCUCCGUUUCAGCUUUCCCAUGAUCAACUACAUUUCUCACUUCAUCUUCUUCAUUAUAUAAUGAUAGUCUAAGCUACCACCCUUCUCUUUCUUUUACAUAUACUAUUUCUUAGCCAUUUGCUAAAUAUCUGUACAAUAGAAAAAAUGGCAGCUUGUAUUGAAAACUGCAGAAGCCAAACCUCAGUAAGUCCAUGCCUUUUGGAAUGUACCCAAUAUUACCAUAUGAUCAGUGCUCGUAAUUCUCUAUUCUGGUGUACUCUCUGGCCCUGCAAACCCGGUUUUGGUGAGCAAAUUCUGGAUGCUGUUUGUGCUUCUGAAAUCAUUCCCGGAGACAUCAAUAUUGAUGAUCUGUGGUUGAAGAUUCAAGAAGAAGCCGUAGCUGAUACACAAGAAGAUCCACUCUUGCACAAUUACUACUUCUCAUCCAUUUUCUCGUACAAGACACUAGAAACUGCAUUGGCAAAUUUGUUGGCUAUGAAAUUGAGCAACUCAAGCCUCUCAAGGAAUGCAUUGUUUGAAACAUUUCUGAGCAUUUUCUCUGAGGAUCAUGAUGUCAGAAGAGCUCUGAGGGAUGACCUUAAAGCAGCAAAAGAACGAGACCCGGCUUGUAUAAGCUAUGUCCAUUGCUUGUUGAACUUUAAAGGCUUCCAAGCAUGCCAGGCUUAUAGAGCAGCACACAAGUUGUGGUCACAAGGUAGGAAAGCCUUGGCAUUGUUGAUUCAGAGCAGGGUUUCGGAUGUUUUCGCAGUGGAUAUACAUCCCGGAGCAAAGAUUGGAAGUGGGUUGUUGCUUGACCACGGCACUGGAAUUGUAAUAGGAGAGACAGCAAUUGUAGGAGAUAAUGUUACAAUUCUGCAUAAUGUAACAUUGGGUGGAACAGGAAAAGCCAGUGGAGAUCAUAUUCGUCGGCAUCCUAAGAUUGGUGAUGGGGUAUUUAUAGGAGCAGGAAGUAAAGUUUUGGGGAGUAUCAGAAUUGGAGAAGGUGCUAAAAUAGGUGCAGGGUCAAUGGUCUUAAAAGAAGUACCUCCCAAUGCUACUGCUGUUGGAAACCCUGCUAGAAUAAUUGGUGCCUAGCUCACAUAAACAUUUUGUAGACUAAUUUGAGGCUUUUUUCACCCUCUCUCUCUCUCUCUCUCUCUCUCUCUCUCUUAAUAAGUUAUUUUUUUCUUCAUAUAUAAAUAAACUUUAUAAGAAAAAGAAAAGCAGGUAGUUUUUCGAAUAUGCUCUGUAGUCUAUUUAAUUUUUUUUAAAUAGUGAAACUGUGAUAACUUUCUAGCUGUGUACACAAUAGAUUUUGUAAGGUGAGCUGUUCUUUUUUCUAUUUAGUUGGUAACAGGCAAUGACCAUCAAUGAAAUUCUGCCACGACACUGUUAAGAUUGAGAUGUCA